AAAAUCAUCGAGUUUCUAGGGGAACAGCGAGGCGAACGGUCGUGUGUCUUGCUGGCGUUAGUCCGCUCUAAUAACCCACCUACUUUGCACUAAUGUGAUUGUCAAGUUGGGGCCAAGAGAGUUCACUGCCGCUCCAGUGUCUAGCGAAGAGGUCAUUGCCGCAAGACCGAUACAAAAACGAAUGAAACAAUGGACAAAUGCAUGAUAAUAGCAGUAUUCCUAUGCGCUACAAUUUCUACCAUUGUUUACUGCGAUGAUAGUGCAUCCAGCCCUGUUCCAGUUGUUAUCCAAUUAAAGGAAUUAAAUCAAGGAAAUGACUUAGCAGAGAAGGAAUUAAAACCAAAACGCAAUAUAAGCAUCGUGGGCAAUGAAUUUAUUCUCGAUGGAUCUCCUUUCCGGAUAAUGUCCGGUUCGCUUCAUUACUUCCGACUUCCGCAUCAGUAUUGGAGGGAUAGGUUAAGAAAGAUAAAAGCAGCUGGAUUAAACUCUGUCUCUACAUACGUGGAGUGGAGUAGCCAUGAGCCCGAGGAGGGAAUGGAAUCAUUCGCUGAUGAUAACGAUCUUGUAAAAUUUAUAACCAUAGCUGAAGAAGAAGGUUUGUACGUACUUCUACGUCCAGGGCCUUAUAUCUGUGCUGAAAGGGAUUUGGGUGGCUUUCCAUACUGGCUUUUGGGGAAGUAUCCAAAUAUAAAGUUACGCACAACAAAUAAAGAUUUCGUAGACGAAACUAGGCGAUGGUUUUCAAAGCUUUUUGGGUUAAUGAAGCCACUACUAUUUGGAAAUGGUGGUCCCAUUAUAUUAGUUCAGGUAGAAAAUGAAUACGGCAGUUAUGGUGCAGAUAAGAAAUAUAUGGAACAAAUGCGUGACAUAAUAUCUGAGCACGUUGGUACCGAUGCUCUCCUCUACACAACCGAUGGUUCAUACAGGUCAUACUUCUUCGAUGGAUCCGUACCUGGUGUUCUUACGACUAUCGAUUUUGGACCAACAUCCAAAAGCGUUAUGAAAACGUUCAGUGACCUCCGUAACUUUAUGCCGGUUGGUCCUCUCAUGAAUUCGGAGUACUACCCAGGCUGGCUCACUCACUGGACGGAGAAGAUUCAGCAGGUCUCCACGGAUGCUGUGAUCGUUACCCUCCGUGAUAUGCUUCGCAACAGUAUUAAUUUUAACUUCUAUAUGUUUUUCGGUGGCACUAAUUUUGGAUUUAUGUCAGGUGCGAACUAUGGUUCAUUUUAUCAGCCUGACAUAACAUCAUACGACUAUGAUGCACCUUUAACUGAAGCGGGUGACCCUACUCAUAAGUAUUAUGCUAUAAGAAACACAAUUGCUGAAUUCAAUCCUGAAGUUAAUAACAUAACACUUCCAAUAGCGACAAAUAAAGGAGCUUACGGAGAAAUCACAGUAGAACCAUUUGUAAGCCUUUUGUCGGACAAAGGUCGUAAAUAUUUAGGCAAAAAAUACGCAGACGUUACGGGCUCAAAAUUGCCCACUUUUGAAGACCUGCGGCAAUUUUCAGGAAUGAUAUUAUAUGAAACAACUAUAAACGAAGAAAAUGGAAUAUUAGAAAUUCAAAAGCCACGAGAUUGGAUUUUUGUUUACGUUAAUAAUACUUUCCAAGGAGUUAUAAAUAGAAUGCAUAAAAUGUAUUUGCUAAGUAUUAAGUCAACGCCAGGCUCAGUACUAUCGUUGCUUGUGGAAAAUCAGGGACGAAUAAAUUAUGGGAACAGAUUACACGAUUACAAGGGUAUUUUAAGCACGGUCCUUUUGAACAAUAAAACACUAGAUGGUACUUGGUCGAUAACGGGCUAUUCCUUGGACAAAAGCGUAUUUCAAGAAAUUGUUCCUCGUUCUAAUGAAGAAUUAAUUAAUAGAAAAAGCAAAUUAGAUAGUCCCAUACUAUUUACCGGUUCGUUUGUGUUACCAGCUGGACAGAUACCCUUGGACUCAUUCAUCGAUACCUCUGGUUGGGGAAAGGGAUAUAUCUACGUAAAUAAGCGGCACCUAGGAAGAUACUGGCCUCAGGUUGGACCUCAAAUUACAUUAUACGUCCCAGGAGUUUGGCUUAAACCUGCGCCCGAACAGAAUAUAAUCGAAAUUAUAGAGAUGCAAGAAGCACCUUGUGAAGUUGGGCCUCCCUGCUGCCUCGUUCUUGCUGAUGGAUCUAUAUUCCAAGGACGAAGUUUUGGAGCUCAAGUUCCCGUUGAGGGAGAAGUUGUGUUCCAAACGGGUAUGGUGGGUUAUCCAGAAUCAUUGACGGAUCCCUCCUACCACGCCCAGUUACUGGUACUCACUUACCCUCUCGUGGGUAAUUAUGGAGUUCCUGAUGAAAACGAGCGCGAUGAACAUGGUUUACCUAGAUGGUUCGAAUCCGAUCGUAUUUGGGCCUCCGCUUUGAUUGUUGGCGAAGUAAGUACAGAAGCUUGCCAUUGGAGGGCGAAGCAAUCACUAGGAAGAUGGUUAGCAGCAAAAGGUGUACCAGGCCUUUGCGGUGUUGACACCAGAGCACUUACAUUCCGACUUCGAGAGGGUGUAAUGUUAGGGAAAAUAAUUCAAGGGGAACCACCAUUCGCACCUAUGACGUCUUUAACUGAUCCAAAUACAAGAAAUUUAGUUGCAGAAGUUUCUUCGAAGGAGCCUCGAAUAUUCAAUCCUAAUGGAGACGUAACUAUUAUGGCAGUCGACUGUGGAUUAAAAUAUAAUCAAAUUAGAUGUUUGAUUAAAAGGAACGCAAAAGUAGUAUUAGUUCCAUGGGAUUAUGCUCUAGAUGCAAACACUUAUGACGGACUAUUCAUAAGUAACGGUCCCGGUGAUCCAGAAGUCUGUAAAGCUACUGUUGAACAGUUACGUCUCCGAAUCAACGACCAGAAAAACAUAAAGCCUAUAUUUGGAAUAUGCUUAGGUCACCAGUUACUUGCAACUGCGGCAGGUUGCAAGACAUACAAAACAAGUUACGGAAACCGUGGACACAAUCUUCCUUGCACGCACAAUGGAACUGGACGGUGCUUCAUGACGUCACAAAAUCACGGUUACGCUGUUGAUGCUGAGACUCUUCCAGAUAAAUGGGACGUAUUAUUUACAAAUGAAAACGAUAAGACUAAUGAGGGUAUAUGCCAUAAAAUACUCCCAUUCUUCAGUGUUCAAUUUCAUCCUGAACACACGGCUGGCCCAACUGAUCUGGAAUGUCUUUUUGAUGUUUUCAUUGAUUUAGUUAAAUCGUAUAAAAAUAAAAAGCAAGCUAUUGUUAAUGAAAUGAUAACGGAAAAAAUUAAAUUUACUCCUAAACUUCAAGAAAGACCUAAAAAAGUUCUAAUCCUUGGUUCUGGCGGAUUGUCCAUAGGUCAAGCUGGUGAAUUUGAUUAUUCUGGGUCGCAAGGUGUUAAAGCCAUGCAAGAAGAAAAAAUACAAACUGUUUUAAUAAACCCAAACAUCGCGACCGUCCAAACAUCAAAAGGUUUAGCUGACAAGGUUUAUUUUUUACCUAUAACACCAGAAUACGUUGAACAAGUUAUAAAAGCAGAACGUCCCACUGGUGUUCUUCUCACUUUUGGUGGCCAAACAGCUUUAAAUUGUGGAGUCGAAUUAGAAAAAAGUAAAAUAUUUAACAAAUAUAAUGUGAGUGUUCUUGGUACUCCAAUUCAAUCUAUUGUAGACACUGAAGACAGAAAAAUAUUUGCGGAAAAAAUUAAUGCAAUAGGUGAAAAAGUUGCACCCAGUGCAGCGGUGUCAUCAGUAGAAGAAGCUCUCACAGCCGCCAUUAAAAUAGGUUAUCCAGUAAUGGCUCGAUCAGCGUUUUCACUGGGAGGUUUAGGAUCAGGAUUUGCAAAUAAUGAAGAAGAGUUAAAAUCUCUUGCCCACCAAGCUCUGUCACAUUCCGAACAAUUAAUAAUAGAUAAGUCUUUAAAGGGCUGGAAAGAAGUAGAAUACGAAGUUGUAAGAGAUGCAUAUGAUAAUUGUAUUACAGUUUGUAAUAUGGAGAAUGUAGAUCCCUUAGGAAUUCAUACAGGAGAAUCUAUUGUUGUAGCUCCGAGUCAAACAUUGUCUAAUCGUGAAUAUUAUAUGUUACGAAAUACCGCCAUAAAAGUAAUUAGACAUUUUGGCAUCGUUGGUGAGUGUAAUAUUCAGUAUGCGUUGAAUCCCAAUUCAGAAGAAUUUUAUAUAAUAGAAGUGAACGCAAGAUUGUCUAGAAGUUCUGCGUUAGCUAGCAAAGCUACUGGAUAUCCAUUGGCAUAUGUUGCUGCAAAGUUAUCUUUAGGCAUUCCGCUACCAGAAAUAAAAAAUUCUGUUACUGGUGUAACAACAGCGUGCUUCGAACCUAGUUUAGAUUACUGCGUUGUUAAAAUACCACGAUGGGAUUUAGCCAAAUUUAAUCGAGUUAGUACAAAAAUUGGAAGCUCGAUGAAAAGUGUUGGUGAAGUUAUGGCCAUUGGUAGAAGUUUUGAAGAAGCAUUUCAGAAAGCGUUACGAAUGGUGGAUGAAAAUGUUAACGGUUUUGAUCCCUAUAUUAUAAAAGUUAAUGACAAUGAUUUAAGAGAACCAACAGAUAAAAGAAUGUUUAUCCUAGCCGCGGCAUUAAAAGCAGGUUACUCAGUAGACAAAUUGUAUGAACUAACUAAAAUUGACCAUUGGUUCUUAAAUAAGAUGAAAAAUAUUAUUGAUUACUAUGAAAAUCUUGAAUCUAUAAAGGGACCCAUAACUUCAAAUUCUUUGAAAAAAGCCAAGCAAAUUGGAUUUUCAGAUAAACAAAUAGCUGCUGCUAUUAAAAUUACAGAACUAGCAGUACGAAAAUUAAGAGAAGAAUAUAAAAUUACUCCAUUCGUUAAAAAAAUAGAUACAGUUGCCGCCGAAUGGCCAGCCUCCACAAACUACUUAUACCUAACUUACAAUGGAUGUAUACAUGAUUUAGAAUUCCCAGGUGAAUUCAUAAUGGUGCUGGGUUCUGGAGUAUAUAGAAUAGGGAGCUCAGUGGAAUUUGAUUGGUGUGCUGUAGGUUGUUUAAGAGAAUUGAAAAAUCAAAAUAAGAAAACUAUAAUGGUAAAUUACAACCCAGAGACCGUUAGUACUGAUUAUGAUAUGAGUGAUAGAUUAUAUUUUGAAGAAAUUUCUUUCGAAGUUGUAAUGGAUAUUUAUAAUAUUGAGCAUCCAGAUGGUGUUAUUUUAUGUAUGGGGGGACAGUUACCUAAUAAUAUCGCGAUGGACUUACACCGACAGCAAGCAGUUAUCUUAGGUACCUCACCAGAUAUGGUUGAUAAUGCGGAAAAUAGAUUUAAAUUUUCUAGAAUGUUAGAUCGUAGAGGAAUAUUACAACCACGCUGGAAAGAGCUUACUAAUCUCGAGUCGGCUAUAACUUUUUGUGAAGAAGUUGGAUAUCCAUGUUUGGUUCGGCCGUCAUAUGUAUUAAGUGGAGCAGCUAUGAAUGUUGCAUAUUCACAUCAGGAACUCGAAACAUAUCUAAAAUCAGCAAGCAAAUUAAGCAAAGAACAUCCAGUGGUAAUAUCGAAAUAUAUUUUAGAUGCUAAGGAGAUAGACGUGGAUGUUGUAGCUGUAGAUGGUAUACUUCUUUGUAUGGCGGUCUCGGAGCAUGUCGAAAAUGCUGGGGUUCACUCAGGUGAUGCUACGUUGGUGACACCACCACAAGAUAUAAAUAAUGAAACUUUAGAAAAAAUAAAGGAUAUUGCCAGAAUUAUAGCUGAAACGUUAGAUGUUACUGGACCAUUUAAUAUGCAACUUAUUGCCAAAGAUAAUGAACUGAAGGUUAUAGAGUGCAAUGUAAGAGUGUCAAGAUCAUUCCCGUUUGUUUCUAAGACUCUUGAUCACGAUUUUGUGGCUAUGGCCACAAAAGUGAUUCUUGGUAUACCAGUGGAACCAGUAAAUGUUAUGAGUGGUUGUGGUAAAGUAGGUGUAAAGGUUCCACAAUUCUCGUUUUCACGACUAUCCGGAGCAGAUGUUACGUUGGGAGUAGAAAUGGCUUCAACAGGAGAAGUGGCUUGUUUUGGUGAGAACAGAUACGAAGCAUAUUUGAAAUCUUUAAUGAGCACAGGAUUUAGGAUACCAAAAAAAGCAAUUUUGCUCUCCAUCGGUACAUUUAAGCACAAAAUGGAGCUGUUACCAAGUGUACGAAUUUUACACAAGAUGGGAUACAAACUAUAUGCCAGUAUGGGUACUGGAGAUUUUUAUACUGAACAUGGCAUAGACGUCGAAAGCGUACAAUGGACAUUUGAACACAUAGGAGAUCUAGACGAUGCUAGGUCGGAUGGAGAACUUAUGCAUUUAGCAGACUUUAUGGCCAGACGUGAAUUGGAUCUUGUGAUUAAUUUGCCGAUGAGAGGAGGAGCUCGUCGAGUUUCCUCAUUUUCAACACAUGGAUAUAGAACAAGACGACUGGCUGUAGAUUACGCUGUACCCUUAGUAACAGACGUCAAAUGCGCUAAGCUCUUAGUACAGGCCAUGUUACGCUGUGGCGGGGCGCCACCUAUGAAAACACAUACUGAUUGCAUGACAUCAAGAAACAUUAUAAAAUUACCAGGCUUCAUAGAUGUUCACGUUCAUGUUAGAGAGCCUGGUGCUACCUAUAAAGAAGACUUCGACUCGUGUACAGCUUCUGCCCUUGCUGGUGGAAUCACUAUGAUCUGUGCUAUGCCUAAUACGAACCCCCCUGUAAUUGAUCGUGGAUCAUACGAACUGGUGUCAGCACUAUCACGUGUGAGUGCUCGUUGUGAUUAUGCAUUAUUUAUGGGUGCAUCUACAAGUAACUCUGAUACUGCAGCUGAAUUAGCACCUCAAGCAGCUGCUUUAAAAAUGUAUCUUAAUGAGACAUUUACCACACUUAAACUUGAUGAUAUGACAAUUUGGCAAAAACAUUUACAAAAUUGGCCUAAAAAGUUUCCAAUUUGUGCGCAUGCAGAACGUGAAAAGACGGGUGCAAUUAUCCUCAUGGCGUCUCUGCUAGACAGACCAAUUCAUAUCUGUCACGUGGCUAGAAAAGAAGAAAUUUUAAUAAUCAAAGCCGCUAAAGAACGGGGUCUUAAAGUUACUUGUGAAGUAUGUCCUCAUCAUCUGUUCCUUAGUACCAAUGAUAUAGAAAGGAUUGGUAAAGGUCGUGCUGAAGUUAGACCAGUACUUUGUAGUCCAGAAGAUCAACAAGAGCUUUGGAAUAAUAUGGAUAUUAUUGAUAUUUUUGCUACUGAUCAUGCGCCGCAUUCAGUCGAAGAGAAAAACUCAGAAAAACCACCACCUGGUUACCCUGGUCUGGAAACAAUUUUACCCUUAUUGCUAAAUGCCGUUCAUCAAGGACGCCUUACUAUGGAAGAUUUAAUAAAUAAAUUCCACAGAAACCCACGUAAAAUAUUUAAUCUCCCUGAACAACCCAAUACUUACGUAGAGAUUGAUAUGGACUACGAAUGGACCAUUCCUGAUGCUAUGGAUUUCACAAAAUCAAAAUGGACACCAUUUGCAGGAAUGCAUGUAUGUGGAGCCGUUCACCGUGUCACUUUACGAGGAGAAAUUGCAUAUGUAGAAGGCAAAAUUUUAGUUCCACCAGGUUUUGGUCAAAAUGUUCGUGAAUGGCCUACUCCGAAAAAGCAAACAUUCCCGGUUUACGCUAUCGAAAAGGUAGAACAGGAAACGAGCCGACCUAACUCGGCACUCGAAUUCCACAGUACUCUUGAUAUAAGUAAAUAUAGUGAUUACGAUUUGGAUCAAGUAGAACAAGGUAAAACUGAAAAUAAAUUAAACGUUCACUUUAAUGAAGCACCAGGAUUUAGAAGUAUGUCUCCAUUACCUACUGCAAUUCCUCCAACAAGACAAAGAUGUGAUAGUUCUUCUUACCCACCUCAAGUUUCCGCUCCACAGCGACAACGUAAUGAAUUAUUCGGUAAAAGUAUACUUACUGUUGACUCUUUCAGCAAAGAAACUAUGAAUGACAUUUUCAAUUUGGCUCAAUUCAUGAAAACAAGUGUGAGUAAAGGUCGUUUCCUAGAUGACUUAUUACGAGGAAAAGUCAUGGCUUCUAUAUUUUAUGAAGUGAGCACAAGAACGAGUUGCAGUUUUGCGGCGGCUAUGCAAAGAUUAGGAGGUUCCGUUAUACAUACAGACGCAACAAACUCUUCUGCUAAAAAAGGAGAGACAUUAGAAGAUAGUGUUGCUGUUAUGGCAAGUUACUCAGAUGUCGUGGUGCUUCGGCACCCAGAACCAGGUGCAGUCGCACGCGCGUCAAGGCAUUGCCGAAAACCUUUGAUAAACGCAGGUGAUGGCAUUGGUGAGCACCCUACACAAGCGUUAUUAGACAUCUUUACUAUAAGGGAAGAAAUCGGUACAGUAAAUGGAUUAACGAUAACAAUGGUUGGUGAUUUAAAGAAUGGCCGGACAGUCCAUUCUCUCGCCCGUUUAUUGACCCUUUAUCAAGUACAACUUCAAUACGUGAGCCCGCCUGGCCUCGGUAUGCCCAAACACAUAAUGGAUUUUGUCUCUGAAAAAGGUAUAUCUCAAAGGGUUUUCGAUAAGCUGGAAGAUGUCUUGGGCGAUACACAUGUUUUAUACAUGACAAGAAUUCAACGAGAAAGAUUUGAUAGUCAAGAAGAGUAUGAAAAGAUACGUGGCCUGCUGGUGGUAACUCCUCAACUUAUGACGCGUGCUAAACGCCGUAUGAUCGUGAUGCAUCCUUUACCACGAGUCGAUGAGAUAUCAGCAGAAUUUGACACAGACCCAAGAGCUGCCUAUUUCAGACAAGCUGAAUACGGCAUGUAUGUGCGCAUGGCUUUACUAGCUAUGGUAUCCAGUGCAAAUCCACUUAUUUAAUAUCUUUUAUUAUGUUAUACUUGAACAAAAAAGAAAUAAAAACUAUACAU